AUGGCCCCAACCGAUGACCCUAAAGAAGAACCCCCUUAUCGCUUCAUGAUACCCCUGCCGCGCGAGGAGCAAAGGCUGCCGCCAACCCCGGAGGCAUGUUCGUGCGAUCUCUCCAAACUCCUAUACCAUGUCUACUCGGGAUUGCCGAUAUUUUCACGAGAUAUGUUGCAGAAUAUCGCGCGGCAGCUGGAAUGCAUCCUUCGCUUUCCGUUGAAUCCGCAAGCGCCUGGGGGUGGGCCGGUAGUCCACAUCCCCGACUUACGUAGGGACAUGGUCCGUUGGGAGCUGGAGACCGGUGCCGUGACGGGGGGUCAGUCACGAGUCGGAGAACCACACCUCCAGUACUGCGGUAUCGCCACCCUGAUGCGACCAGGGAACAUACAGAACUCUCCGCGCAUUGCGAUGUGCCCCAUCCGCGUGGCGUACUCGAUACAGCCGAUUUUAGAGUUAUGGCUGGGGCCAUCGGCCGCCCAAGAAGCAACCGCAAAGGAGACCUUUAAGAACGAAGUUAGUGCAUGGCAACGGACGCGAGCCUGCAAACACCUCCAAUCCCUUUUCAGGGGCCGACGGAUGCCCAAGAUUACCAAGAUCGUUGCCAUCGGCCUGCCUCCCAUUAUGCGCCAGCCGACGCAUGAAAUGUUCGUACGCCCGACUAAAGUACAUGCUCUAAUCAUUGCGAUCCGGGACGUUCUCCUACGAUGUGGCCAUGGCUACAAGAAGGACCAAGAACUCCCGCCGCCAUUGUACGACCAAAUCAAAAGAGGGCCCCCGGGCCCUCAUGGUGGCGGCUCCGAAGGUGAUUUACCUGCGAACAGCCGCAGUCCAAGCCCCGAUAGUACCGAGGACCCCACAAACACUCCAGGUCUGCCUACAGUUAUCAGACUGUGGCGCGAGCGGUUGUAUAGUCAACCCAUCGUCGAUGGACCUAUCAGCCCUCAAGAGGCCACCCCCAGCAGCAAUAGUAACGACAAUGCCGCCAACUCAGCUACUAGCGCAAACGACAAUAACGCACAAGGAGAUCAAGCACGCCAGAACGACUCCCAGGGACGGAUGAAUUGCUUCGUGCAAAACCCAUUAUACUCCGAGUCCGACGAACGGUUCCUGGCCGCCGUAGGGAUCACCGUGGUCCCGGACCCUUGGGGGUUCCUAGAGAUCGACGACACGACGCUGGUGAUUUCCCUCGAUCCACUCCUACCAGUGCGCGAGAUUGUUUCCGAUAUAGCGAUGCCUGCUGUUUUUCUUUGCAACACUGCUACAUGGCCGCAACGGGACGUGGACAUACGGGAGUGGAUCAAUUCCCAACAAUAUUAG